GGAUAGUAACGAUUCUUCAUUCGAACCAAAACACAUCCAACGACGACGACGACGACGACGACGAUGGCAACGAAACGAUUCACCAGACUUCUGGUGUUGCUAGUGUUAACCACUUUGGUGGCCAAUCAUCAGGCGAAUGCCGCCGCCGUGGGACUUAAGUGCGGCGGCAAGAGCGCCGUCUGCGUGGGACCACUCUCUUAUCAACAGUGUGUCGAUGACCUGACCAUUGGUCCGGUGGUGCCAUGCGAACUGAACACUCGCUGUGUCACCGACGGACUUGAGAUCUGUGUGCCAGUCAAGUCGGCCGCUGAGGCACCGACAGCCGCUGUUGCCAAGAUGGUGACCAUUACCGAUAGCCCUGUCAGCGGAAUAGCUCCGCUGGUGGAUGGCAACAACCCUAGCAUUACCGGCCCUGAGAUCUCUACCGAGGGAUUAGGUCCAGCAUCCAGCGCUGCUCCAGUUGAGACCACCCAAGCUCCAGUUGAGACGACUCAGGCUCCAGUAGAGACCACCACCCAACCUGCCAUUGAGACCACUCAGGCUGCAGUUGAGACCACUCAGGCUCCAGUUGAGACCACCCAAGCACCCGCAGAGACAACUACUGCAGCCAUCGAGGAGACUACUACUGGAUCAGAGGCACCGCUGGAGACGGAAUCUACGCUACCCGACGAUACAACUCCCAUUGAACCAAGCACUACCGUGGCACCCGAAGGCACUUCUCUUGCUCCAGAAGUGGAUCCUAACGCACCAGCGGGAACUACUCUUGCUCCAGGUGAAGUCGACCCGAACGCGCCAAUCGAUCCCAAUGCCCCUCUAGACCCAAAUGCACCCGAAGAAUCUACUAACGAACCUGGAUUAGUCAACCCCACCGAUCCGGCUGAAACAACUCUCGCCCCUGCUGAAGGAACCACCGCCGCUCCUGGUACUCCUGCCGAUGUCACCACUGCUGCUCCUGGUGCUCCUGCUGAUGUCUCCACUGCUGCUCCUGGCGCCCCUGCCGAUGGAUCCACAGCUGCUCCUGGUGCUCCUGCUGAUGUCACCACUGCUGCUCCUGGCGCCCCUGCCGAUGGAUCCACAGCUGCUCCUGGUGCUCCUGCUGAUGUCGCCACUGCUGCUCCUGGCGCCCCUGCCGAUGGAUCCACUGCUGCUCCUGGUGCUCCUGCUGAUGUCUCCACUGCUGCUCCUGGCGCCCCUGCCGAUGGAUCCACAGCUGCUCCUGGUGCUCCUGCUGAUGUCACCACUGCUGCUCCUGCUGAUGUCUCCACUGCUGCUCCUGGCGCCCCUGCCGAUGGAUCCACUGCUGCUCCUGGUGCUCCUGCUGAUGUCUCCACUGCUGCUCCUGGCGCCCCUGCCGAUGGAUCCACUGCUGCUCCUGGUGCUCCUGCUGAUGUCUCCACUGCUGCUCCUGGCGCCCCUGCCGAAGGACCAACUGCUGCUCCUGGCGCUCCUGCUGAUGUCUCCACUGCUGCUCCUGGCGCCCCUGCCGAUGGAUCCACAGCUGCUCCUGGCGCUCCUGCUGAUGUCUCCACUGCUGCUCCUGGCGCUCCUGCCGAUGGAUCCACAGCUGCUCCUGGUGCUCCUGCCGAUGGAUCCACAGCUGCUCCUGGCGCUCCUGCUGAUGUCUCCACUACUGCUCCUGGCGCCCCCGCCGAUGGAUCCACUGCUGCUCCUGGUGCUCCUGCUGAUGUCUCCACUGCUGCUCCUGGCGCCCCUGCCGAUGGAUCCACAGCUGCUCCUGGUGCUCCUGCUGAUGUCUCCACUGCUGCUCCUGGCGCCCCUGCCGAUGGAUCCACAGCUGCUCCUGGUGCUCCUGCUGAUGUCUCCACUGCUGCUCCUGGCGCCCCUGCCGAUGGAUCCACAGCUGCUCCUGGUGCUCCUGCUGAUGUCUCCACUGCUGCUCCUGGCGCCCCUGCCGGUGGAUCCACUGCGGCUCCUGGUGCUCCUGCUGAUGUCUCCACUGCUGCUCCUGGCGCCCCUGCCGAUGGAUCCACAGCUGCUCCUGGUGCUCCUGCCGAUGGAUCCACAGCUGCUCCUGGUGCUCCUGCUGGUGCUUCCACUGCGGCUCCUGGUGCUCCUGCUGAUGUCUCCACUGCUGCUCCUGGCGCCCCUGCCGAUGGAUCCACUGCGGCUCCUGGUGCUCCUGCUGAUGUCUCCACUGCUGCUCCUGGCGCCCCUGCCGGUGGAUCCACUGCGGCUCCUGGUGCUCCUGCUGAUGUCUCCACUGCUGCUCCUGGCGCCCCUGCCGAUGGAUCCACUGCUGCUCCUGGCACCCCUGCCGAUGGAUCCACUGCGGCUCCUGGUGCUCCUGCUGGUGCUUCCACUGCUGCUCCUGGUGCUCCUGCUGGUGCUUCCACUGCUGCUCCUGGCGCCCCUGCCGAUGAAUCCACUGCGGCUCCUGGUGCUCCUGCUGGUGCUUCCACUGCUGCUCCUGGCGCCCCUGCCGAUGGGUCCUCUGUCGCUCCUGGCAGCCCAAUCGAUGGACCUUCUGUCGCUCCUGGAACUCCUGCUGAUGCUACCACUGCCGCGCCUGGCACGCCCGCUGUCCCCAACGUACCCGCUGGUGGCACUCCUGCUGAUUCCAGUGUUCCUGCUGGUGGCGCUCCGGGAUCAUCUUCCAAUGCUGCUCCUGGAUCCCCAGCUGCUCCCAAUGUACCUGCCGGAGGAGCCCCUGCUGUCCCCAGUGUCCCUGCUGGUGGAGCUCCUGGAUCUUCUUCCAAUGCUGCCCCUGGAUCUCCUGCCGUACCCAAUGUACCUGCUGGUGGAGCCCCUGCUGAUUCCAGUGUUCCUGCUGGUGGCGGUCCUGGAUCAUCUUCCAAUGCUGCCUCAGGAUCUGCAGUUGCCAAUUCACCAGCUGGCACCGUUUCCGGAGCACCUGGAGUACCAGUGGUGCCGAGUUCCCCUCUUAACCCACCAACUGGAUCAGUCAUUCCAUCGAUUCCUUUACUACCUGGCGGGGCUGGCUCUUGGCCUUGGCAAUCCAACCCACACAUUCCGAUCCUGCCGCCGAACUGGAGGCCCCAGCUUCCUGGACAAAACGGCGCAGGUGCCGGGGCUGUUGCUCCUGGCAAUGGGCUAAAUAAUGGCAGUAUCAACCCGCCCCAACGUCCACUUCCCUUCUGGCCCAACUGGCAGAACUGGGUGAAUAGCUGGCGACCAAGCAAACCGAGCACUGAGGCUCCUGCCCAACCGCAGAACCCUCAGCAGCCCCAGCAGCCCCAGGAACCCCAGCAGCCGAGCAAUAACAAUCCAGAAACUGCCGAAAGCGUAGAGCAGGCUGCCCCAGUGCCACCAGCCGGAGGAGCUGCGUCCAAUGAGAAUGCCUCCGUUGAGGAGAACAACAAGGCCUCCAAUGAGAAGUCGAAGGACAAGCCCAAGUCAAGUGAGGAUCAGUCAAAGGAGCAGGGACAGAAGAAGCCAAGCUCAGAGGAGAAUGAGAAGGACAAGUCCAAGGACUCCAAGGAGCAGGAGCAGAAGAAGCCUAGCUCUGAGGAGAAGGAUAAGGAUAGCAAGGAAAAGAAGGAUAAGUCCAAGGACUCGAAGGAGGAAAAGGACAACGAGUCGCAGAAGGACAAGUCCAAGGACUCCAAGGAGCAGGAGCAAAAGAAGCCUAGCUCUGAGGAGAAGGAUAAGGAUAGCAAGGAAAAGAAGGAUAAGUCCAAGGACUCGAAGGAGGAAAAGGACAACGAGUCGCAGAAGGACAACGAGUCGCAGAAGGAUAACGAAGGCGACGAUGAGCUCAGCUCCAAGGAGAAGAAGCAAUAUGUAAAGGAUCUGAUUAAGAAGCUGAAGAAGGGUGACGAAUGCGACGAGGAUGACGUCUAUCCGGAUGUCCGCGACUGCCGCAAAUACUACCGCUGCGAGGUGAAGAAGUCCGGCAAGCACAAGUUCGCCCACCUCCGAUGCGACAAGAAGCAGCGCUUCGACUGGCUUGCCCAAGCCUGUGUGCCCAAGGACGAGGCUCGCUGCCUAGAGAAGUAGUAGUAGGGGGCAUCCUGCUCUAGAUCUGCUGCUGCAUCCUAACGAUAAUGUCAAAAUCAUAAUAUUGGCAAUGAUAUUCUAUCUCUAAUCCUUUGGUCCUACGUAAUUUAUUGCACUAUUUAAAUACCCUUUAAUUUUUGUUUUUCACAUUAAAACUUGAACUUGAAAAUCUGGCAAA